AUGGCUUCUGAUUCUUCACCCAUCAACAACGGUAGGUCCUUCAUCUCCAACAAUUCCCCUUCAAGCUCAACCGGCAACUCCCUUCUCCUCCCUUGGAGAUGCUUCUCGCCGCAAUCAUCGUCGUUGAACUCUUCCAUGCCGUCCGCCUUCGAUACCCCGCCAGUGCAUUGUUUUCGGUUUGCCGCAGCCACUGAUGCUCCACCUACUCCAAUAACAGGGGAGUGGCAAAUUCGGGGAUUGAUGAGGCUGAAAGUUGAAGACCAAGAUACUAGAGAUUACAGAUUAAAUACAGUUGGAUAUAAGUUUUGUGUCUUGGAAGGUUGUCUCGAUAUUGGUGACCCUGUGUAUACUUGUCUAUAUUGUGGUGCGUCGUUUUGGUUACUAGAGCGGGUUGAAAAACAGUCAAGAAUUAACCAGCCUCUUUUUACACUUUGUUGUUUUCAAGGAAAAAUUCAAUUACCGUAUCUUCAGAAAGCUCCAGAUUUAUUAUAUAAUUUGAUUCAUGGUCAUGAUAGUAAGUCUUUACAGUUUCAGAAGAAAAUUCGGUAUUAUAAUAGUAUGUUUGCUUUCACUUCUCUUGGUGGUAAAGUAAUAGACUCAGUGAAUGAUGGAACUGAUAGUAUGUUUGCUUUCACUUCUCUUGGUGGUAAAGUAAUAGACUCAGUGAAUGAUGGAACUGGUCCACCACAAUUCAUCAUAAGUGGUCAAAAUUAUCAUAGGAUUGGAAGUUUAUUACCUCAGGCUGGUCAAGUUCCGAAAUUUGCCCAAUUAUACAUAUAUGACACAGAACAUGAGUUAACGCAUAGAGAAAGAAUAUUUGGGCAAAGUUCAAAUAUAGAUAGACAGCUGAUAAUUGAUUUGACCCAAAUGAUUGAUCAACACAAUCCCAUAGCACAAUCAUUUAGAAGAGUGAGGGAAUUCCAUGAGAAUCACCUGUCUCAGAUGUUUUCUUUGAAAUUGUUUAGUCAAAGAGAACGUGAUCGAAGAGUUUAUAAUUAUCCUUCGUGCGAUGAAGUUGCUGCUUUGGUUGUUGGUGAUUUUGAUUCUUCUGAUACUGGUCGUGAUGUCAUUGUUAAAUCUGCAAUUGGCCAACUUCAAAGAAUAUAUGAGACACAUGCUUUAUACUGGCCAUUGCAAUAUCCCUUGCUUUUUCCUUACGAGGAAGAUGGUUAUCAAUUGGGUAUUCCUUAUCGAGAUAUUCAAGAUAUAAAUGUUGCAGGGAGAAGGACUAGAGUAUCCAUGCGAGAAUUUAUCUGUUUUCGUUUGCAAAUGAGAGAGGAUGAGGAUAGCAUUAUUCAUAAGUCUAGAAGAUUGUUCCAACAGUUUGUUGUUGAUUCAUUCUCUAUGAUUGAGUCACAGAGGCUUUAUGAAAUCAGGAAAAAACAGAGCACAAUUAGAGGAGAAGUCUUACAAGGUAUUGAAGAAGCUAUGCGACGCGGUGAUACUGAAGCAUCAUCAAUUGGUACUCGAGUGAUUUUGCCUUCUUCCUUCACUGGUGGUAAACGUUACAUGUUUAAUAAUUGCCAAGAUGCUAUGGCUAUUUGUAAGCAUUUUGGGUAUCCAGAUCUAUUUCUUACCCUUACUUGCAAUCCUAACUGGCCUGAGUUUCAAAGAUAUACUAAUCGUGAUCAAGUUCCAAUUGCUGAUCGGCCAGACAUUGCUUGCCGAGUCUUUCAUGCUAAGAUGAAGUGUCUUCUUAAUGAUCUUAAGAAUGGUGUUUUUUUUGGUCCUCUUAAUGCAGGUAUGUAUACAAUUGAGUUUCAAAAAAGAGGUUUGCCACAUGCACAUAUUCUACUUUGGCUUGAUGGAAGGAAUAGAUUGCAGAAUAUUGAAAUUGUUGAUGAGUUGAUUUGUGCAGAACUUCCUAAUCCUAUGAAGUUUCCACAUUUGUAUAGUGUGGUUAGUAAAUACAUGAUUCAUGGCCCUUGUGGUAGGGUAAGACCAACUUCUCCAUGCAUGAAAGAUGGAAGAUGCUCCAAGUUUUAUCCGAAGCAGUUUGUUAAUUAUACGAGUUUUGAUGAAGAUGGUUAUCCUAUUUACAAGCGUCGAGAUAUUGGUGUUACAGUUAAAAGUCAUGGUGUUGAUCUUGAUAAUAGAUUUGUUGUUCCAUAUAAUCCAUUAUUGUUGAUGAAGUACCAGGAUCAUAUUUAUUUGGAAUUUUGCAAUAAGUCAAAUGUUAUAAAGUAUCUUUUCAAGUACAUUAACAAGGGUCCAGAUCGUGUAACUGCAACUAUUAGUCAUUCAACUGAGACAACUCAUUCUUUUGAAGUGGUUGAUGAGAUCAAACAGUAUUAUGAUUGUCGGUAUCUUUCACCUUGUGAAUCUAUGUGGAGAAUUUUUGCAUAUGAAAUUCAUCAUAGAUGGCCACCUGUGCAAAGACUCAGAUUUCAUUUACCUAAUCAGCAGCAUGUUGUGUUCGAUGAUCAUGAUACUAUUGGCUCUGUUUUAAUAAGAAAUAGAGAUUUGAUGACAAUGUUUACUGCUUGGAUGAUGGCUAAUCGAACAUAUAUUGAAGGACGAACACUAACAUAUGUUGAGUUCCCAAGUAAAUUCGUUUAUGAUUUACAAUCUCGACGGUGGAAACCAAGAAGAAGGGGAUUUUCUAUAGGAAGAUUAAGUUUUGUUCAUCCUUCAACUGGUGAGCUGUUCUAUAUGCGUAUGCUUCUCAAUGUGCAAAGAGGAUGCACCAGUUUUCGAAGUAUAAGGACUGUCAAUUCUGUUUUAUAUGAUACAUUCCAAGAGGCAUGUUCUGCCAUGGGAUUUUUAAUAGAUGAUAAUGAGUUUGUCUUGGCCAUUAAUGAAGCGGCUGAGUUAUCUUCUGGCGCCCAAUUGAGAAAACUUUUUGUUUCAUUGUUAAUAUCUGGUUCUGUCUCUAGGCCCGUUUUAGUUUGGAAUCAAACUUGGAAAUAUUUAUCUGAUGAGUUUUUGAAUCAAAUAAAAUGUUCAGGGUUACCGAAUCACUCAUUGAAAUUGAAGAAAUGUGUGCCUAUUAUUUUGUUGAGAAAUAUUGAUCCAGCUGGUGGCUUAUGCAAUGGUACUCGCCUUAUUGUUAGAGAUCUAGGAACAAAUGUGAUUGGAGCUGAGAUUGUCUCAGGGAGUCACAUUGGAGAUAAAGUUUUCAUUCCUCGGAUGAAUUUAAUUCCGAGUGACGCUGGGAUACCUUUCAAAUUUCAACGGAGACAAUUUCCUAUAAACUUGUGCUUUGCAAUGACUAUCAAUAAGAGUCAAGGUCAAACUCUAUCCAGUGUUGGACUGUUCUUGCGUCGACCGGUAUUUUCUCAUGGUCAACUCUAUGUCGCUAUUUCUCGAGUGAAGAGCAAAGAUGGUUUAAGAAUUUUGGUAUCUGGCGAGAAAAAUGAUGAUUCUACUUUAACUCUUAAUGUCGUAUUUAAAGAAAUAUUUGAUAAGAUUUUAUAA